AUGUCUCGAAUUCUCGGACUCGGCGCUCUCGGAGUCACCGCCGCCAGCACUUUGGCUGUAUACCAAACUCGUUUUGUCUCGAGAAUUCACCAAGCAUCAUCAUGUCAAAUGAGUCGACUCGAAGAUCUUCCAUCUCGUGAGACUAUAGUCGAUUCACUGAAAACUGAGAAACAAUUCGAUGUACUUGUGAUCGGAGGAGGUUCCGCUGGAGCCGGAGUGGCUUUGGAUGCUCAGACACGUGGAUUGAAGACUGCAAUGGUGGAAUACGGGGACUACUGUAGUGGGACGUCUUCGAAAUCAUCAAAACUUCUUCACGGAGGUGUCAAGUAUUUGGAAACGGCGUUGAAAGAAAUGGAUUACGAACAGUAUAAAAUUGUGCAGGAAGGGUUGAAUGAGAGGAUAAACGUGAUGAAGGCUGCACCGUUCUUGUCACACACUUUUCCAGUUUUGGUUCCAACUUAUAAAUGGUGGCAAUCUGUGUACUAUUGGGGAGGUGUCAAAGUUUAUGACUUCCUAGCUGGAAAGGGGAUUCUGAAACCGUCGAAAUUUGUGAGCAAAGAAGAAGCCCUCGAAAUCUGUCCCACAAUCAAAAAGGAAGGAUUGAGAGGUGCCAUGCUCUAUUAUGAUGGACAACAGAAUGAUGCUCGAUUGGUUCUCGUGGUGGCACUGACUGCGAUUCGAUAUGGUGCUAAGUGUGUGAACCAUACGGAAUGCAUCAGUUUGUUGAAAGACUCGGAUGGAAAAGUGAAUGGAGCAGUUGUGAAAGAUCAUGUUACUGGAGAGACUUAUAAGAUUAAUGCGAAAGUAGUGGUGAAUGCAACUGGCCCGUAUAACGAUCACAUUCGUAAAAUGGCAGAUGAGAAACGGAAACCGAUGAUCCUUGGAAGUUCGGGUAUUCAUCUUACUGUAGCCAAGUACUUCUGCCCUGGAAACACUGGACUCAUCAAUCCAAAAUCAUCAGAUGGACGUGUUAUUUUCGCUUUCCCAUGGGAAGAUGUCACAAUCGUUGGAACAACUGAUGAUCCAGCUGAGGCAUCACACUCUCCUACUGUAACUGAGAAAGAGAUUAAGUACAUUUUGGAUGAGAUGAACAGAAGUUUCGCGAAAGAGUAUCAGAUCAAGCGGGAGGACGUGAUUAGUGCGUGGUCUGGAAUUCGUGGAUUGGUGUUGGAUCCGAGGAAGAAAGAUCACAAGACAUUGGCUAGAGGGCACUUGGUUGAUGUCGGAGCAACUGGUCUCAUCACAAUUGCCGGUGGAAAACUCACAACAUUCCGUCAUAUGGCUGAAGAAACUAUGGAUAAAGUAGUUGAAGUGAACAAGUUGGAAGAAGCAAAACCCUGCGCAACUCGUGGAAUGAAGUUCGAAGGUGGACACGAGUACACCCCAAUGCUCUAUCGCAUCAUCUCUAGAAAAUAUGGACUCGAGGAGUCUGUCGCCACUCAUUUGUGUCAAACAUACGGAGACAAGGUUUACGAAGUUUUGAAAUUGUGUAAAUCCACUGGAAAGAAAUUCCCAGCCAUCGGGCAUCGUCUUCAUCCAGACUUCCCAUUCCUGGAAGCAGAAGUGAGAUAUGCAGUGAAAGAGUACGCACGUAUUCCCGCUGAUAUUCUCGCGAGACGGACUCGUCUCUCACUUUUGGAUGCUCGUGCUGCCAGACAAGUUCUGCCACGUGUCGUUUCCAUAAUGGCAGAGGAAUUGGAAUGGUCUCCAGAAGAGCAAAAGAGACAUUAUGAGGAGGGAUUGAAGUUUUUGAAAGUGGAGAUGGGUGCAUGCAAUUUGGGAAAGGGAAAGGAGGACACGUUCGAGUUGAAUAACGCCGAGAAGACUGCAAUCUAUAACAUUUUCAAGAAAGUGGAUCGAGAGAAACGUGGAUAUUUCUCUGGUGCAGAUCUCAAAGUGUUUUUGAAUAAACAGAAGAAGAGUGCGAACGUCCAUCAGGAUAUUCUGGAUGAUGUGAUUCUGGAGGCUAACGAUGGAAACAAGUACAUUUCUCCAGGAGACUUACACAAGAUCUAUCUGGACAUCAAGAAUGGCUCAUUCAAAGGACGUCGCCUCGUCGACCAUCUCGGUGAAGUGAAGUGGGAAUGA